UGUGACGAUAAUUUUGGGUGGAAUUGCAAGCUGUGUGAUGAUAAUUUUGGGUUGAGCGCUUUAUGAAUGAAAAGGGCAACCUGGGAAACAGCGAAGCAUGUGAAGAGCGAAGAAGUGGUUGCGUUGCGUUGCGAUAGAGAGGAGAGGGAGUGAGUGCGUGAGCGUGUGGGUGACGGUGAACCUUAUAAAUAGCUCCCUCUGAUUAGGGUUCACUCUCUCUUCAAUCUUUUCCUUCUCUCACAUUUUGAAGACCUAAACCCGAUUCAUUCUCUAAAUAUGCGCCGAUUGCAAAAAUCCAAAAGAGUUUCAUGGGCCUCCGAUUUAGAUCUUUGUCAGGUUAGGCUAUUCUUAUCGGAGGAAUCCCCUUCACAGGUUGGUUUAAAUUCUCAAGAUCACCUCCAAGCAAAGACAUCAUUGCUGUUGCAUCCUGGCGAAGCAGGUUCUGAUGACAUUCUGCCUCCUGGAUUUGAGGGAACUCAUGCUUCAAGUCAGUUCGAGAUUAUUCCAUCACAAAUACCAGUUAUUAGGUGGACUAAUCCUCCAAAGAUUGGUUUAAAUCCCACAUGGCAAGUGGUGUCCGGGGAAGAAAGCAAAGAGGUAGAGGAUCAACGUCAAAGGGAGAUGAGAGUACUUGAAGCUAUUUAUCCUCGCAUAUCUUCCAUUCCUCCGAACCCUUCCGUUUCAGUGGACGUUGAAGAUUCCCAUUACAUAGAUGAUAGUCAAACUCCUUUGAUACCAAUAACGGCAAUUGAAGAUGAAGAUGCAGCUGCAGGAGCGUUAUUGGAUUCCUUGGAACCAUUUGGUGUUUCACAGUCUCUUGAAUUACCUCCUGGUAUGUUUAAAGAUUCAAACUCUGCUACAAGUACGCAGUUGGCUCAUGGUCUGGCAUCUGAUGUAGCUGCUGCAUCUGUUGCUCUGACCAACAUUGUGAAGAGCAAUGAGCAAGGAAAAUUGAUUGAUCAUGAAUUACUUAGUAAUAUUCUCAACAAUCCGGAAGUGAUUGAGAAGUUGGUUAGAGAUUAUGGAGCUACUAAUAAUUCCCAAUAUGUACAUAAUGUGGGGUCGUCGUCAGUGAGUUUUUCAAAUCCUCCUAUUCCUAUGAAUCAAGGAGAAACUGCUACACCUUCAUCGGUUGUUUAUUCAGCAACUUCUUCAUAUGCUCCUCCUCCAACUGGAGGUCAGGUGACAACUGUUUCUACCCCAUGGCCUGCUAGGCCUGCAGUGAGUUCAUCUGUUGUUUCUUCGCCUGCAGAGGUCCCUGCUCCAAAAGAUGUAAACUACUAUAAGAGCUUAAUUCAGCAACAUGGAGGAGAUAAACAAGAAACUCUUCCAUACUCCAGUAAACGCCAGGUUCAUCAGCCAGCAGCAACAAACUAUGAGACAACAUACAAUCAAAGAGCGAAAGGAUCAAAACCAAAGAUAAUGAAGCCUUGUAUCUUUUUCAACAGCUCUAGAGGAUGUCGGAAUGGAGCUAACUGUUCAUACCAGCAUGACGCAUCAUAUCAGCCACGGGGUAACGCCGUGUCAGGGAUACAGAGUUCAAAGAGGAUGAAAAUGGAUAACGAGAUUAGUGGUUAAAUGAAGAACCCUGUUUGCUGGUGGUGUUGAUUACCGUUCAUUUUGAUGGGGACGGGUUAAUGCAAGUCCAUAUCUUACGCGUUUGUGAUGUGGUCAAGCUGACAUUUAAUUUCAUGAGCAAUUCCGAGCCUUGAUUGCUUCUACUUUCUAAUGCUACAUUUUUCAAGGAAAGGCUCCUCCUCAUUUUCUUCCCUUUGAGAAUCUUCCAAAAUUGCUGCUUUUUUGGAUCAAUCUUUCAUGAUUGUAAUUUUACAUGAGACUGAUUGCAGGUACCACCAGCUGGAUGAUGUAUUAAUUUUCUUUUUCCUUUAAAUUCUGGCAAUAUAGUUUACAUUUUUGUGCAAUUUAAUCUGCCUUGACGUUAAUAUUGCCAAUAAUAGGAGAAAAAAUUGGGCCGUUUA